CCAAGGGAGCGGGCCUGGCAUGGGAAGAGGCUAGCUGGGCCCUGGUGGUGCCUAGGGACUGCAUGGGAGUCCCUGCCAGGGAGGGAGAGGGACAGAGGACAAGCUGGGGACUCUGGUGCUUGGGCUGGGGUCUGAGCGCCUGUCACCUCCACCAGCUCCCUCAUCCUCCUCCCUGAGGACUGAAUCUGGGACACAGAAGGGCAGAGAAUCAGGCCUGCCUUUCCUUUCCCUGAAAGAGCCUGUGCUGGCCCUGGGCAGAGAGAAGGAUGAGAAGUGAAGCUGAGUGAGGUGGGGCUGCAGGGAUCCAGGUGGGAGGGGCCCAGCCAGCCAAGGUCAGGCCCGGCCCCUCAGCAGGAGGACGGGCACUGGGGCCCUUGGGCAGGGCUGACUUGACACUGACCACAAGGGAGGCCCUUUUGCAAUAAGAGAAAAGAAGCCAGAUGGAUAAAGGAAGUGCUGGUCACCCUGGAGGUGCACGGGUUUGAGGAAGGCUCCCGGCCCCCACAGCCUUCUGCGGAGCCUGAGCCUAGCUCCCCCGACUCACCUCAACCCCCAGGUGGCCCCUCCACAGGGCCCCUCUCCUGCCUGGACGGCUCUGCUGGUCUCCCCAUCCCCUGGAGGAGAGCAAGGCCAUGGGCCGGCCCCUGCUGCUGCCCCUGCUGCCUCUGCUGCUGUCGCCAGCAUUUCUGCAGCCUGGUGGCUCCGUGGGAUCCGGUCCAAGUGGCGGUUAUGGGUUCACUCAACCAAAACACCUCUCAGCCCCUAUGGGUGGCUCCGUGGAAAUUCCCUUCUCCUUCUAUUACCCCUGGGAGUUAGCCACAGAUCCCAACAUGAAACUAUCCUGGAGACGGGGCAACUUCCACGGGGAGUUCUUCUACAGAACAAGGCCAGCUUUCACUCACAAGGAUUACUCGAACCGGCUCUUUCUGAACUGGACAGAGGGUCAGGACCGCGGGCUCCUCAGGAUCUCGAACCUGCGGAAGGAGGACCAGUCUGUGUAUUUCUGCCGAGUCGAGCUGGACACACGGAGAUCAGGGAGGAAGCGGUGGCAGUCCAUCGAGGGGACCAAACUCACCAUCACCCAGGGUGAGUCCAGCU